CGAGUAACAAUCAGUAGUCGCAAUCAUGCCACCACCUUGACAAUUGGGUACUCUUUCUUCGGGUCCGACCUCAUCCGAGUACCUAUUUAAAUAACCAACAAAUAACACAUACUCGAUCAUUGAAUAUAUACCAAAACUAACCACUAACUUCUGCCACACUAAGCUACGAAUAAAAAAACGAUAUUCAAUUACUGAAUUAAUCAACGAUUCUAUUACCAUUUAUUUAUUUAUUGCCACAGUGAAUUUAUUACCGUAAUUUAUUAUUUCAUUAAAUAACGUUAAGUUUUACAAGUUGACAACGACUCUUAAGAAGCUGCCAAUGUACCAUCCAAUGGAUUUUUCUACAACCAAAUAACGACGAGAAAGAGUCGAUCGUGGGGGGCACAUUCCGAGCAGAUCACGGAUGCUUAUAGAAGCCGUUGCGUAACGUUAGACGGUGGUGAAGUAGUAUCGCAGCCCCAGGGCAACAGUAACGUUAACGGUCGUGCACGCGCACGCGUUCUCUUAACCUCACAUGCCGCUUUAAGAUCAUAUAAACAAUCCACAACGACUGUCUCUUAUGAUAAAACUGUGCUAUAUUGCAGUCUGUGAAACAUAGAUUACCAAAAACAAGUGUUUUAUUCAUGAAAAAUAAAAAAAUAACAGUGAUAAAUGAGAUAAUUAAAUUUUAGAAAUUUAAGUUUCCCGCCAAUGACACGAUUGGCUGAUUUGAAUAAUUAUAACGUGAGCUGCUGAUUGGUGCAAGUAAUUAAGUGAAAUAAAAAAUGUAGAAGUUGGGAAAAAAUUUAUUAUUAUUGUUAAGAUAAUGAAUUAUAAUAAUAUGAUGAUAAAUAAUUAGUGUAAAUAAGUGAAAUAAUAAUAAAUAAUUGUGACUAAAUUUUUUGUGGAUUAAAACAUGUAAGAUUAACUCUCUGCUAGUUGCUCUCGACGGUAUGUCUAUUUUUAAAAGACGUUCGAAAGUAGAUCGUCGGAGUUUGUGUGCGCGAAAUAACGAUUAUCAAUUGCAAAUUACAAAAAAAAGCCUGAAAAAUGUUGAAAUAAAUUUGGAUUUAAAUAAUUGGAUAAAUAAAAUAAAGUUAGUCCUAUAAGUGUUUGAGGAUAGGGAAGAGAGAAUCAUUGGGAUCGCCCGCAGUUGUAUGUUACGAAAAAAGUUUUCUAGUGUCUUAAGAGGGCGAAGGCCGGUUAUUUCCGAACGUCGAAAGCUCAAGGGAGCAAAAGAGAGAAGAGAAAAAGAGUGAGAGAGAGCGAGAGAAGAGCUUGUGGCCGAUUUAUACAAGCCACGUCGUCAGAUAGGAAUGGAGGUUGUCAAGAAAUUGCCAAACAUAUUGAUAAAUUAUUAAUGCAUUCAAAUUGCCAGGCAAUAAGCUUUGAAAGCUUGGAAAAUAAAAAAAAAAGCUUCCAUAGAACCUGAUUUUAACCUACAUUUAGUUUAUUUUUUAGUCUUUUAACUAUCUGUUAGCUUUAGUUGUUGAGUAUUCGAGUAUGUAAGUGGCCAAAAAUAAGUAAACUGUGUGUCAGGAAGCUCGUGAAAGCGUCAUAAUCAUCAGCAAGAAAAAGAGACAACGAUGAUGGAACGACGUAAGACAGGAGUGAGUCAGCCAACAGCUUGGUGACAAAUGAACACAAUGCAACAACAAACCCAAUCAGGUCCUAGCCAACCAAACGGUGUAGCAGGUGGGGUUCAAAUGCCACCAAGUGGACCCCAAGUAAGUCCAGCUUCCGGUACUGCUGCCGGUGCCAAUCGAGCGCAGGUCAAUGGCGGAAGGUUUGAUUUUGAUGACGGUGGGACUUAUUGUGGAGGUUGGGAGGAUGGCAAAGCUCAUGGUCAUGGCGUCUGCACUGGACCCAAAGGUCAAGGGGCCUACUCUGGCAGUUGGCAUUAUGGUUUUGAAGUCUCCGGUGUCUACACUUGGCCCAGUGGAUCAGCUUACGAAGGCCAGUGGCAGAAUGGAAAACGCCAUGGGUUGGGUAUGGAAACUCGAGGACGUUGGAUUUAUCGUGGGGAAUGGACUCAGGGAUUCAAAGGGCGUUAUGGUGUACGACAAUCAACGACAUCGACAGCGAGAUACGAGGGAACAUGGGCUAGUGGUUUACAAGAUGGAUAUGGUUCAGAAACCUAUGCUGACAGUGGAACUUAUCAAGGCCAGUGGGUGAGAGGUAUGAGACAUGGAUAUGGUGUGAGAACAAGUGCACCAUUUGGGCUUGCAAGUCACUAUAAACCAUCAAAACAAAUCCGAGCUUCCUUAACUUCACUUCGAAGUACUGACGGUGCCCCAACAGCACCAACACCAGAACCAACUGAUCGAAGAGAUCGACGAGUGGAUGAUAGUCGAGGAGGGUUUGUGCUAAAGGCUCGGAGUGAUGAUCCACCAGCGAGAAGAAAAAGUCUGACAGAGAAGUCAUUGAAGAAGGGAAUUUUAUCGGGACUAAAAAUUAGAAAGCAAAGAAGUACUGGUGAUUUAGAAAAAAGAGGUACAGUUGGUAGUAUUAGAAGUAAUGCAAGUUCAGCAUCAUGGAUGUCAACAGAAAGCUCUCAGAGUCAAGCAUCAGCAUCUGUUCAUACUGACAGCAACGCAUCAUUUGUAAUUGAGGAUGAGCAAAUGGACGCAUCUGUGACGGAAACGUAUCUAGGGGAAUGGAAGAACGAUAAGAGAACUGGUUUUGGAGUGUCUGAAAGGAGUGAUGGAUUAAAAUACGAAGGAGAAUGGUUCAAUAAUCGCAAGUAUGGCUAUGGAGUAACGACAUUUCGAGAUGGCACAAAAGAGGAAGGAAAAUAUAAAAAUAACGUUUUAAUAACAAGCCAGAAAAAAAAGCAUUUGUUUUUAAUUCGUUCCGCAAAAUUCCGAGAAAGGAUAGAAGCUGCAGUGAGUGCAGCACAACGAUCGAGUAAAAUGGCACUGCAAAAGUUGGACAUUGCUAUUUCACGAACAGCAACAGCUCGAGGGAAAGCAGAACUAGCGGACAUAGCAGCAGAGCAUGCAAGACAAGAUUCAGAAUUGGCUCAACAAACUGCUAAACAAUUUGCCCCGGAUUUCCGGCAACCUGGUCUUGAGAGGCUCCGAAAUCGAGAGAUUCCCAGAUACGUUCCACCACCUCAGGAUACGCCACCAGUCAAAAGUAUUCUUCAAAAGACUCAUAAUCCACCAAACGCUGAGCCUCCAGCACCAGCUGUGUCUAUAGACUCAUCUCCAACAAUCACGACGGCUGGAAUGUCUCCUCAAUCGAUAAGUCAGUCAGUAAAUCAAUCGAUACGAAGAGCAAGCAUGAAAGCGAUGAAUCAAGUGCCAGUUAAUGCUAAUCAAGUGACUAAUCCUAUGGGAAUGAUGAAUAAUCCAAUUCCUAAUCAAAAUCUGGUUCAAAACAUCGUUCCCAAUAAUAUUCAGGGUCCAUAUAGUGGUGGUGGUGGUGGCUAUGGUGUCAGUGGUGGUGUUGCUGGUGGUAUUAUUAGCGGAGGUGGUAUUGCUGGUGGUGUUGGUGUUGGUGGUAGUGAUAAUGUUGGUGUUGGUGGACAAUAUUUAACUGGUUCCAGUAGUAAUCCAUACAGUCAAGGCCAAUUUGGACAGUACCAAGGACAAAUGGGUAAUCAAAACCAAGGAAACAUGGAGAUGAUCCAAUCUGGAUAUAGUCCAAAUCAUCCUGGAUACCAUCAGUAUCAACAGUUUCCACAAUCUUCUAGUCAACAGAUUAUGUAUCAACACCCGGGUAUGCUCGACCCAAUGAGUACAGCCCCUAUCAAUCAAUUCCCGCCGCAAGCUUAUGGUGCAAUGCCUAUGUACAAUCCUCCCGGAGUAUAUAAUCAACCUCCACAACAGUCUAUGGCUGCUCAAUCGCAGCAGCAACAAAUGCAACAACAACAGCAAUCAAAUCAACAAUACCAGGAGUUAAAUGACGCACGACGACAAUCGAUGAGUAAUUUAAGAAGAAAUAGUCGAGUUUUGAGUCCACAGGACCGACCUGGUGCAUCUGUGAUUGGCCAAACAUUGAAUGACAGAUUGGACCAUUAUAAAAGGCCACCGAGCCGGGACAGUUCUGUGGACCGAUAUAGACCAAAUAGGCUAAUUGGAUCAAGGCAACCAUCAGUGGACAAGAGUAUUACAUCACAAGAUGGAGACAAAACCGGAAGAAGUGGAAGCUUGAUACGAUCAGGAACUCCACUAAAUGGAUCAGCGAUAGGAAGUGGUACAGCCACACCGACGUACAACACUCCACAAUCUUCGAAUCAAUUCGAAGGUACAUUUAGAAGUCGUGGAUUGAGUCAAGAGGUGAUACCUAGCGCUGUUCAACCAAAAAGAACCGAAAGUUUGUAUGUAACACCUGGAAGAAGUUCAAUGGUGUCUGGUGCUGGUGGUGGUGGUGGUGGCGCUGGAACAAAAGACACAAGAUGGACGGUCCCCGCCUUCAUCGCAACACCUAAGGCCCCCUCUACCUUAUGAGUAUUUUAUUUUAAUUUAUGUAAACGUCAUGAGGGCUUUUUACUAGAUUGCGUCGAAGACAUUUGACACUUAUAUUAUCAAUUAUAUGAAAGAUUAUUUUAUCUAACGAAAAACAAUUUUGCAUUUUGUUUAUCAAUAAGAUAUGGACGAAUUAUAAGUAAUUUAACCACAAACUAAUGUUCGAUUUACGUAAACUUAAGCUGAUAAUUGUAACUAUAUGAAGAUGAAAAACUAAUUUAUUAUGCAUUUAUUGUAAAAAAUGAUUAAUUGAUGGAUAAACUAUUUUUUAAAUUUAUAUUCAACGAUGAUAAAUCGGUUUGGAACCAAAUGAAAGCACAAAUAUUACUUUUGUUUUAUAAAUGCUAUCUCAAUUAUUUAAUUUUUUGACUAAUUAUCUUAAUUACAAAUUCUAAGAGUGAAUAAUGCUCGAACGAAAACAAUGAAAAUCCGUCUAAAGAAAAUGAUAAGAAGAGAUGAUAACUGGAUGCCCUCCAUUUUUUCUUAACAUGAAAAAUAACAAACUAAAGCCUAAAUAUUUAAUGUUAAUAAUAAAAUAUGAAUAUAUAUUUAUGAUAGCAAUUGUUACACAAACUACUUAACUUUAUCUUUAUGAAGAAAAUUUAUUGGAAGUAAAAAUAAAUUGUUGCUUGAUUUUUAAAAAUAAAAAAGUGCAGUGUUGAAUGAAGUGGAAAAAAUAUUGUGGAG